AUGUCUUUCGACGGCGGCGGCGGCACGCUCUUCGCCAUGGCUAUGCCUCCGACCCUCGACCCCCUAAACCUCAACCCCCUCAACCCCUACAAAGGCUACUACGGCAUCGGCGGCGCCGCCGACACUCCCCCACCGCCACCCCCCGCCGUCCAACGCGUCACCACCGCCCCAGCCAACCCCCUCGCUACUAGCAUCGCCAAAGGCGAAGCCGAACCCGUCGACGCCGGUGGUAGCAGCAGCAAGCGCGGCGGCGGCGGAAGAAAGCCGGUGGGGGCCCCGUUGCACAAGUCGACUGCUUUCGUGCGCGGGGGGUGGGGUACCGGCGGCGGGAUUGGCGGCGGUGGUGGAGGUGGCGGCGAUGACGAUGACGAUGACGGCGAGGGGUGGAGGAAGAGGAAUUGGUAUUCGGGGGUGCCGGGGGAUUAUGUUGGUUAUGGUGGUUAUGGUGGUGGUGGUGGUGGUGAUGAUGAUGGGGUUGGGAGCGAGGUGGAUUUGGAGGAGGUCAGUGAGGAUAGUGGGGAUGAGGAUAGUGGGGAUGAGCCGGUCACGCCUGGGAGAGCGGUGCAGUUUGACGAUGAGGAAGAAGAGGAGGCAGAGGAGGAGGAGGGAGGCGGGCGCAAGGGCGGCGGCCGGUACUUUGGCACGGUCAAGCAUUCCAAGCACGCGGUGGACGUGCUGCCCCGCUCCGCCGUCCGCCCGGGCAUGGCGCCGCCGGUGCCGCCGCGCGACCGCGUCGCGCCGUGGGGCGAGACGUGGGCGGCGGACCAGGUGGCGUCGUUUGACUUUGGCGAGACCGUCUUCGCGCAGGCGUAUCAGAGCACGCAGAUCACGGCGGAUCUGCUGAGAGACGAGAAUGGCAGAGCGCCCAAGAUGCAGCCGCCCGAGUCGCUGCCGUGGAAGACUCGUUUCAACCUGCCUGAGCCGGAGGACAUGCCGGACAUGGCGGCGCGCGAUGCUGAGUUUGAAAGAGCGGGCACGUGGAAGUUGAUCGAGGAGGACUGUCCGGAGCUGUUCGAGAAGAAGAACGCGACGUUGACGUCGAUCUUCCCGAAGCACGGGGACUGCAAUAUGCCGAAGAAGAACGAGAAGGUGCGGGUGCUGUAG